GCAAAAACAAUGAAAGGUUACAGAGCAGCUCCAGCUCCAUAAAGCCUCCUUCUUACAUUCUCUUGUACGUCUACAGAGUCACACAACACACCUGAGAUCAUGGACCGCUGGCCAUUCUGGCCCACUCUGGUCCUCAUCUGCUUUGUAAAUCUGCCUGGAAUGUGUGAUGGCGGGACACAAACACCAUUCACCAUUGACUGGGUAAAGCUGACCCUCCUUCCUGGAGCCACAGUGGCGAGUGGCAGCAACCUGACGCUCCGCUGUGAAGUCAAGAUCAGCUACAGUUCCUCACAACUCAUGCACACUCUGAAGUUCCUGUUAGAUGGGACAGUGAUCUACUCCAAAAAAACCAGUGAAACUUUAGUGGAGCACAGUCUCAUCCCAGCCAGGGUUUCUCACUCAGGCCUAUACAAAUGCGAAGUCCAAAUCUUGGCAAAGGAGAAGAGCAGCGAGUAUCAGACACUCACUGUAACAGGCUUGCAGACUCCACUGCUUAAAGUACAGCCUACUACUCUGAACGAAGGUGAUAAAGUUACGGCUAUAUGCAGUGCUCCAGAGGAGACUGGUGGUCUUUUCGCCUUCUUCUACAACAACAAUAUUUUUUUCCAGCAAACUCGUAGCACUACCAAUUCAGCAACUACUGUUGUAAAGGUUCAGGAACCAGGAAACUUCUCCCUUCACUGUAACUACAGGCUAUUGCUGUAUCCCACCGUAAACCAUUCCAAGAACAGCAACAAUGUGAGCAUCUAUGUACAAGAGCUUAACAUAACACCUUCGAUAAGAAUUUCCCCUAAAUCUCUUGUUGUGGAGGGGGACCGGGUGCGAAUUGAAUGCAAAGUUUCACAUUACUCCCAAAGUGACCUUGAAGUCUUCCUGACCAAAGACAGUGUGUUAUAUAAAGACAGCGGGUCAUUCAGUCACAGCUUUGUGGUAACAGCAAAUGACUCUGGAACAUAUAUAUGUAAAUCUGAAAGAGGCAGCGUUCAGAAGAGUGCUAAGGCCCAGCUGAAGGUAGAAGAGUUGUUUUCACGUCCCAAUCUAAGCGUGACUCCAGAGCAUGUUUUCGAAGGACAACACUUCAAUCUGAGCUGUAGCUCUCAAGCACAAAUUGAUACCAUAGAUAUGAAGUACAGUCUGUACAAAGACAAGAAGCAUCUAAGAAAUGGACAAGUCUUCGGCACUUUAGCAAGUAAAGCCAGCAGUGGAAGCUACUACUGUGAGGCCAAAGCUAAGGGCAUCACAAAAACAAGCAUGCCUUUGGUUAUUAAUGUUAAAGAGCCUGUUUCAACCCCAAUCAUUCGCACAGUUGGAAAGAUGAUCAUAGGGCAGCCAUUUCAGCUCCUGUGUGAGAGUGAAAGGGGAACACUCCCUAUUACCUACACCCUACUUAAGUUUCAGGAGCAAGUGUCGCACAUGAUAAUGACUGGUCCUCAGCGUAGUGCUUUAUUCAACAUCUCCUCCAUCAGUCACAGAAAUGAAAGCAACAGCUUCGCCUGCCUGGCCGAGAACCAGGGUUCACGCUACAGCAAAUAUAGUUUAUCUCUCAACACACCAGUCAUAGAAAUGGUGUCCACACCAGAUUUGACUCUUAACACUAAGAGCAACGUGGUUACCGAAGGUGUAAAUCUCAGUCUCUACUGUAGUGUGCAGCAAGGAACAUUCCCCAUCACCUUUACCUGGUACCGCAUUGGAGUUGUGAAGCCCUUGAAAACCAUACAAAUCAGCAAAACACAAGGAAUUUACAACCUCAAAUCUAUAACGCGUGAUGACGAAGGACUAUACUAUUGCCGGGCCUCCAACGAUGCUAAUGAGACAAGGAGUAGUGAUAAUGUCAAAAUCAAAGUGAGCUUAGCAGGAUGGAAGAAGGCUCUCAUUGGAGUGUCUUUUAUCUUUAUUUUGGUGCUCAUUGUCAUCAUUCUUGUCCUUUUCUUCAAGAAGGCACAAACUCCACAGAAAACUAAAAGAGCAGUCGAGCUGUCUGUAAAGCCUGUACAUGCUAAAUCUGGUGAUCCCAUGAGGGUGAGUCUGACGCUCGACUUUGAGGACAAUACUGCAGGCAAUGCGACUCCUGGAAUCAUGGGCCGGAAUGUGUGGAGUGAUCAUGUAUCAAGCUCAGAAUCUGAUGAAGAGAAUGAGAAGGAAAAGUCUAAGAAGUCUCAACACCCCGACGAGCCGCCCAUAAUGAAUGUGGACUCUGGAGAAGAGCUUGCCAUGCACAAUACAGACACAGUGAAUGGAGAUUACCAGAACAUCAAACAAGAUGAAACAGAGCAAGUGGAUACGGAUCUGGAGUACGUUCAGCUUAAAAACUGUGAACCUGAGUAGUCUCUUGACCCUCUACACUCGACACACCAUGUGUCAUUCACAUGUAAUUUAUUCCACUUCCACUUCAGCUCCACCUGGCUGCCAGUUAGGAGUCCUUGCGUCUGUGUGUUGUACACAUUCUGUGCCAUUUCUUCAGGCAGGGUUGUUUUUGUAUAUGUCGUUGCACAAAUCAUUGUGUUGUGCUGUGGCACAGUUGUGUAGAUGAGAAUAAAGACUUUUCUUUAAUCAAGAGUCAA